GUGCUCUACAUCGACCACGCCAAGGCCGUGGCCGGCGCCGCCGCCCUGCUCUCCCAGAACGCCGUCCCCGCGCCCCACUCCUCCACCCUCGCCAUCGGCCCGCCCCCCGCGACGCUCGAGGAGAAGCUCGCCGCCGCCGCGGCCGCCGCCGCGCCGAGCGACGGCGGCGCCGAGGCGCCGAAGACGCCGGAGGGCAGCGACAGCGGCAGCGACAGCAGCGACGGGGACUGCGUUGAGUUGGAGGAGGAGGAGGCGCUGGUGGCCGCCGCGUCCAGGGCGGCGGAUGGGGCCGAGGGCGAGGGCGGCGACGGCGCGGGCGGUGGCGCGGCGGUUUGCAAGAUGUGA